GUCAAGACGGCGCGGUAACAUUGUUGCAGUUCUCAUCUAACGAUUGAUGUCAAAGAGUUAAACGCAACUCACCAAUAAUCCAAUAAUGCAGCGCGUGUCUUGUUUGGUUGUCAAUCAGAGCGAUGAGCGCAUUAUUGCGAACGACUACAGUGAGGAGUCGCCUCAUUUGGGACAAUUGAUCCGCCGGCAAGCGAAACACAUAUGUAGCUAUUCGAUGUUGAAACGGCGCUUUCCAGUGCUGUCAUGGUUACCGAGCUACCAAUGGUCGUACUUGCUCUACGAUAUUAUCGCCGGGAUUACCGUGGGCUUAACAGCCAUUCCGCAAAGCAUUGCCUACGGUAUACUGGCGAACUUGCAACCUGAGUAUGGAAUUUACUCAAAUGUGAUGGGAUGCGUCGGGUAUGCCUUAUUCGGCAGUGUCAAAGAUGUGACCAUCGCCCCCACCUCCCUGACGGCCAUACUGGUGCAAGGCAUAGUUGCUGAAUUGCAUUACGGAACGGCUCUGCUAACGUUCUUGUCAGCUCUGAUCACCAUUAUGUUUGGUGUGUUGAAUCUCGGAGUUCUCGUGCGUUUUAUUUCCAUACCCGUCGUUAUGGGUUUCACAACGGCCGCCUGUUUGACUAUUGGCAGCGCGCAAGUACGCUCUUUGCUAGGAAUCAGUUCCAAGGGGAAAGGAAGCGACUUUGUUUCGUCCUGGUCCAAUGUGUUCACCAACCUGAACCAGGUUCGCUGGGCCGACUCUGUUCUCGGCGUUAGUUCCAUUUUGUUGCUGGUGCUCUUUCGUUUUACAAAAGAUUUUAAUAUUACUAGAUCACGACCGUUUUUUAAGUACGCGCGAUUGCUCAGCAAUGCAGUGGUCGUGGUUAUCGGCACACUGCUCGCGUAUUUGCUUACAUCGGACAUCGGAAACCCCGCGUUCUUACUGACUGGCCCCGUAAAAGCAGGAUUGCCAACCUUUCAAGCACCACCCUUUUCGUACACAAAUGAAAACGGGACGGAGUACAGCUUUAGUGAUAUGAUCGGAGUGAUGCGAACAACAAUCAUCACUAUUCCUCUGGUGACAACACUCGAGAUCGUGUCAGUGGCAAAAGCUUUCUCGAUGGGAAGAAUCAUUAAUGCUACACAAGAAAUGAUUGCUCUCGGUGUGUCUAAUUUACUCGUAUGCUUUUGUUCGCCGCUUCCUGUUGCCGCAUCCUUCACAAGGUCUGCCAUUAACAAUAGUAGCGGAGUUCGCACUUCUCUCGGCUGCGCUAUAACCGCUAUCAUGUUGCUCCUUUCGUUAACAUUUUUGACUGAGGCAUUCUACUACAUCCCUAAAGCAACGCUGGCUUCGAUUGUGAUAAAUGCUAUGAUAUUUCUGGUCGAUUACGAGGAAAUAGGAAAUAUCUGGCGUACGAAAAAAAUCGAUAUGAUCCCAUUUUUAGCGACCGCCGCUUCGUGUCUGUUCUGGGAGUUGGAUUACGGUAUAUUGGUUGGAAUUGGAAUUCACUGUGCGUUUUUGCUUUAUCUCAUCUCAAGCCCUCGCUUAACAUCGGAGCUGUGUUUAGUAUCCGACAUGCGAAUCCUGCUUAUAGGCAUGGAUCAAUCGCUAGCCUUCUCCUCUGCCGAGCGACUUCGCGAUUGGAUAUUAAGACAAAUUGAAAACUACGAAACGAAAAUUGAUCUAGUGGUUAUUGACGGACAGAAUGUUAAUUUUAUCGACAUGAGCGUAGCCAAAAACGUUGUUAGUAUCGAACAGGAUCUGCGAGCGCGCAAAAUCCAGUUACUAUUGUGGCGGUUCGAAACUGACACUGCGUUUACUCUGUUGAGGAUGCGCAAGGAACUGUUUCUUCCUCUAUUGCGAGCCGAUCAUGAACUGGAGGAAGCUGUAGCUGGAUGGAAAUGCUACCACUUUGAACCGUCUCUCAAUUCGUUUUCUUAGC